AUGUCUACAUUUGGUCAAUAUUUCAAAGUUACUACUUACGGAGAGUCACAUUGUCUCUCUGUAGGAUGUAUAGUCGAUGGAGUUCCACCAGGAAUGGAGCUCACAGAAGCAGAUAUUCAACCUCAAAUGACCCGUCGUCGACCAGGUCAAUCCGCCCUUACCACUCCCCGAGAUGAAAAAGAUCGAGUCGAGAUUCAAUCUGGCACAGAAUUUGGAAUUACCCUUGGCACACCUAUUGCUAUGGUUGUCCGCAAUCAAGAUCAACGACCACACGAUUAUGGAAAUAAAACAAUGGACCUCUAUCCCCGUCCUUCCCACGCAGAUUGGACCUACCUCGAGAAGUACGGUGUCAAGGCUAGCAGUGGUGGUGGCAGGAGUAGCGCAAGAGAAACCAUUGGUAGAGUGGCAGCAAGUGCCAUUGCCGAAAAAUAUCUCACACUCGCACAUGGAAUCGAAAUCGUCGCAUUCGUCUCCUCCGUUGGCAGUACCCAUAUGUUCCCACCCUCCGCAGAACAUCCAUCUUCAUCUACAAACCCCGCCUUCCUCUCACUCAUUCAAGACGUAACACGGGAGCGUGUUGAUGAAUUCGUCCCCGUCCGCUGCCCUGACGCUGCCGCAUCUGCGAAAAUGGCCGAAAUCAUCGCAGAAUAUAGAGAUAAAGAAGACAGCAUUGGAGGAACCGUUACUUGCGUAAUCCGCAACGUGCCCUCCGGUCUUGGCGAACCUUGUUUCGACAAAAUGGAAGCCAUGCUCGCCCACGCCAUGCUAAGUAUCCCUGCCUCCAAGGGUUUCGAGAUCGGAUCCGGCUUCGGCGGAUGCGAAGUUCCCGGAUCCAAACACAACGAUGCAUUUAUCCUCGCCACAGAAGUCCCACCCCUCGAGACCGGAGCCGCCAAGAAUGGAAUUCCCCGUCCGAAAUUAACAACCAAGACCAACAAUUCCGCUGGUAUCCAAGGAGGCAUUACAAACGGUGCACCCAUCUACUUCCGCGUCGCAUUCAAACCCGCAGCCACCAUCGGAAAAGCCCAAGAAACCGCCACAUACGACGGAUCUGGCGCAGGCAUCCUCGAAGCAAAGGGUCGUCACGAUCCAUGUGUUGUUCCCCGCGCAGUCCCAAUUGUGGAAGCCAUGGCAGCCCUCGUCGUCAUCGAUGCAUUAAUGGCCCAACAAGCACGUCAAACUUCCCGAAGUCUCUUACCACCCCUCAAGAAUAUCUUACCGGCAAAACAUACGGUGGUAGGUGGUGAGGCUGCAAAGGAGAAGAUGGAGAUUCAGGAUAAGGGGGUUGCGGGUGGUAUUGAUGGGGAGAUUCUUAAUGGGUUGAAGUAG